CAGAUUGCUCCAGAAAGAACAGGAUAUCUCCUCCUGCCGAAUUUAAAUAUUCAACCUACCUUCUUGCUUCAUCUCAACAGAAGAACAAGAACGAUCUAAAACUAAACAAUCUUCAUCUCAAACUAAAAUCCCUUCAGAGUUAAAAGAUGGCAAUGAUUCCAAGCUUCUUUGGUAACCCAAGAAGCAACAUCUUCGAUCCCUUCUCCAACUUCGAUCUUUGGGAUCCAUUCAAAGACUUCCCCUUUCCUUCUUCAUCUUCAUUCGUCUCUCGUGAGAAUUCUGCGUUUGUGAAUGCUCGCAUAGAUUGGAAGGAGACUCCAGAAGCUCACAUAUUCAAGGCUGAUCUUCCUGGGCAAAAAGAGGAAGUGAAAGUGGAAAUUGAAGAUGACAGAGUUCUUCACAUCAGCGGAGAGAGGAAUGUGGAGAAGGAUGACAAGAAUGACACCUGGCAUCGUGUGGAACGCAGCAGUGGCAAGUUCUUAAGAAGGUUUAGGCUGCCGUAGAAUGCAAAGAUGGAUCAGGUUAAAGCUUCUAUGGAGAACGGAGUUCUUACAGUGAUUGUCCCUAAAGUGGAAGUCAAGAAACCUGAAGUUAAGGCUAUUGAUAUUUCUGGUUGAGAUACUGUUUCUUGUAAAUCAUAAAUUACCUGGUCCUGAAGUGCUGUCUGCUUAAUUUUGUAUUUUACAGGUUAUGCUUGUUUAGUUUAUGUGUGGUACAGGAACUGAGGUUAUAUUUAAUGUAAUGUUUGUCCAUUGAGCUAAUAAAAAUAGCACCUGCUGUUGUAAAUCA